CCCCAGGCCAAGGCACUAGCUUCAGAGCCAAGGAACUGAGCAGACGUGUACUCUACGCUAUAUUGAAAAAAAUAUAAAAAACGCAUCAAAGUUGUAUUCUCUGUGCUUCUAUCGUGUUGAGGCAGUGAAAUUGUUCGUCGUACAGUUUUACACAAAUUAAAAGAUAAAAAUGCAGAUCUUUGUGAAGACGCUGACUGGUAAAACCAUCACAUUGGAGGUCGAGGCAUCCGACACCAUUGAAAAUGUUAAGGCAAAGAUUCAAGACAAAGAGGGCAUCCCCCCAGACCAGCAGAGAUUGAUCUUUGCAGGAAAGCAGCUCGAAGAUGGACGCACCUUGUCUGAUUAUAACAUUCAGAAGGAAUCCACACUCCACCUUGUACUCAGAUUGAGAGGUGGUAUGCAAAUCUUUGUCAAGACUCUGACUGGCAAGACCAUUACCCUUGAGGUUGAGUCUUCAGAUACUAUUGAGAAUGUUAAGGCCAAAAUUCAAGAUAAGGAGGGAAUUCCACCAGAUCAGCAGAGAUUGAUCUUUGCUGGAAAACAAUUGGAAGAUGGACGCACUCUGUCAGAUUACAACAUUCAGAAAGAAUCCACACUGCAUCUUGUACUCAGAUUGAGAGGAGGUAUGCAAAUUUUUGUCAAAACUCUGACAGGUAAAACCAUCACACUUGAGGUCGAAGCCUCCGACACAAUUGAAAACGUGAAGGCCAAAAUUCAAGACAAAGAAGGAAUUCCCCCAGAUCAACAGCGUCUCAUUUUCGCCGGAAAACAGCUUGAAGACGGUCGCACUUUGUCAGACUACAAUAUUCAAAAGGAGUCGACACUGCAUUUAGUAUUGCGUCUUAGAGGAGGCAUGCAAAUCUUUGUUAAAACAUUGACUGGUAAAACCAUUACUUUGGAAGUCGAGGCCUCAGACACAAUUGAAAAUGUCAAGGCCAAGAUCCAAGACAAAGAAGGAAUCCCACCAGAUCAGCAGCGUUUAAUUUUUGCUGGUAAGCAGUUGGAAGAUGGUCGCACAUUGUCGGACUAUAAUAUUCAAAAAGAGUCCACCCUCCACUUGGUACUCCGUCUGCGUGGUGGAAUGCAAAUUUUUGUCAAGACCCUCACUGGAAAAACUAUAACUCUUGAAGUCGAAGCAUCUGACACAAUUGAAAAUGUGAAAGCUAAAAUUCAGGACAAAGAAGGCAUCCCUCCAGACCAGCAGCGUUUAAUUUUUGCUGGUAAACAAUUGGAAGAUGGUCGCACAUUGUCAGAUUAUAACAUCCAAAAAGAGUCAACUCUUCACUUGGUUCUGCGUCUUCGUGGUGGCAUGCAGAUUUUUGUCAAGACUCUGACUGGCAAGACUAUCACAUUGGAGGUUGAAGCUUCUGACACUAUUGAAAAUGUCAAAGCUAAGAUUCAAGAUAAAGAGGGAAUCCCACCAGACCAACAGCGUCUCAUCUUUGCUGGCAAACAACUUGAGGAUGGUCGCACUCUAUCUGACUACAAUAUUCAGAAAGAGUCAACUUUGCAUUUAGUAUUACGUCUGCGAGGUGGUAUGCAGAUUUUUGUAAAGACUCUUACUGGUAAGACCAUCACUUUGGAGGUUGAAGCUUCUGAUACCAUUGAGAAUGUGAAAGCCAAAAUCCAGGACAAGGAAGGUAUCCCUCCAGACCAACAGCGUCUAAUUUUUGCUGGUAAGCAGUUGGAGGAUGGACGUACACUCUCAGAUUAUAACAUUCAGAAGGAGUCAACCCUCCAUUUGGUGCUGCGUCUGCGUGGUGGUAUGCAGAUCUUUGUCAAGACAUUGACAGGAAAGACCAUCACCUUGGAAGUGGAAGCUUCUGACACCAUUGAAAAUGUCAAGGCCAAGAUCCAAGACAAGGAAGGUAUUCCUCCAGACCAGCAGCGUCUUAUCUUUGCUGGUAAACAGCUGGAAGAUGGACGCACACUGUCUGACUACAACAUCCAGAAGGAGUCGACUCUUCACUUGGUUCUGCGUCUGCGUGGAGGUAUGCAGAUCUUUGUCAAGACAUUGACAGGAAAGACCAUCACCUUGGAAGUGGAAGCUUCUGACACCAUUGAAAAUGUCAAGGCCAAGAUCCAAGACAAGGAAGGUAUUCCUCCAGACCAGCAGCGUCUUAUCUUUGCCGGUAAACAGCUGGAAGAUGGACGCACACUGUCUGACUACAACAUCCAGAAGGAGUCGACUCUUCACUUGGUUCUGCGUUUGCGUGGAGGUAUGCAGAUCUUUGUCAAGACAUUGACAGGAAAGACCAUCACCUUGGAAGUGGAAGCUUCCGACACUAUUGAAAAUGUCAAGGCCAAGAUUCAAGACAAAGAAGGCAUUCCUCCAGAUCAGCAGCGUCUUAUCUUUGCUGGCAAGCAGCUUGAAGAUGGACGUACCUUGUCAGACUAUAACAUCCAGAAGGAGUCGACUCUUCACUUGGUUCUGCGUCUGCGUGGUGGUAUGCAGAUUUUUGUUAAGACUCUUACUGGUAAGACCAUCACAUUGGAGGUUGAAGCUUCUGAUACCAUUGAGAAUGUAAAAGCCAAGAUCCAGGACAAGGAAGGUAUCCCUCCAGACCAGCAGCGUUUGAUUUUUGCUGGCAAGCAACUUGAGGAUGGUCGUACUCUAUCAGACUACAAUAUCCAAAAAGAGUCUACACUUCACUUAGUAUUACGUCUCCGGGGUGGACAGUAAAAAAAAAAGAUAAUUAGUCAUGUGAUAAACCUGUAUAGGUUCUGAAAACGAAUUGCUUUAUAAAUAAAUUUAAUUUUUUAUUUGCCUUAAUUCAAUUAAA